ACGUAUUGCACGGAAUUCGUGGAACAAGACCUCGAGUGCCAUCGUCGCCGCCGACACCAUGGAAAGCCUGGCUGUGCAGCGACAAAUCCGUGAGAAUGCGUCGUACUUGCAAGACUACUUCUCGGACUUGAGUUCAUGGGAAAAGUCGAUGGCCAAGAAAGAAGAGCAGCUCAAGAAAGGCCCGAGCCGCUCUGCCGCACCCGUUCGCCGUCCAGUCGCGCUGCAUGUCCGUGGGUCGGAAGGAUCCGUCUCCAUCCAACACCCAAUGAAUACAAGGUCAGAACCCAUCAACAAACCAACAAAGGCACCAUCGCAGCAUGUGUAUGACAAGGGAUACAAGAAAUGGGAAUCCUUCGACGUGGAUGCAGCGCUCAAGGAAAUUGACGCAGACUCUGUAUCCCGCGAUGACGUACCUGUUGAAGUACCCACUCGCACUUCCGCGCCUCCCAAGAAGGUCGUAACAGCACCGUCGAAGCCGCCUCCGCCGCCAGUGAGUCUGCCGCGCGAUGUGCUAGAAAAGGAAGACGGGAACAACCACUUCAAGCAGGGCGAGUACGCGGCUGCCAUAAACUGCUACUCUCGAUCGCUGAGCUACAAUCCCCGCAACCCCAUCGUGUUGUCAAAUCGGGCAAUGGCGCAUUUGAAGCUCCAGCAGUAUGGGAAAGCCGAAGUCGACUGCUCGUCUGCGCUGGCGGUGGACCCAACUCACGUCAAGUCCCUUGUCCGUCGUGCAACGGCCCGGAACGCCCUCGGCAAGCACCAUGCUGCCAUCGCCGACUUGGAAGCUGCCUUGGGUCUCGAGUCGACGAACAAAGCAAUCGCGACCCAUCUGAAAACGACCCGCGACGUGUUAAAGCAGUCGAUUAAACGGUCGCCAACCACCAAGAUAUCGGUGGAGACCAUCGCGCCGACAGUGAGCGCACCGACGUCGUCAUCCGUCGUGGUGGCCGCACAGGCCACGGUCGACCCUGCACCGCCCGCGAAAGCCAAGACAGUGGUGCCAAAAAUCCAAGUCAAGUUGCCCGACAGAGCGCCGUCGACGGCGUACGAGUUCGUUAGGGUAUGGAACAGCCUCAAACACAGCUCCGACAAGGCCGCCUUGCGCCAAGAGUACCUCCUUCGCCUGCGCCCCGAGUCGCUUCCCAAACUCUUCAAGGACUCGAUCGAAGCCGACUUGGUCAGCGACUUGAUCGAGUCGUUGGUCGCAACCAACGUCGAUGUUGGCGUCGAGUUUCUCCUGGCUCUGACCAAAGUGCCGCGGUUUGCCAUGGUUGCGAUGUUUCUAAGCCCCGACGAGAAAGCCCAAGUCGCAGCCUUUGCAGCCACGCAUCCCAAACACGAUCAAGUCGUCGCAGCAUUCAAAUAAAGCAAAAUGACGAUGUAACAUACUUUUUCCAGA